AUUUUUAACAGAAUUGAAAAAUAAGAAAGAUACUCCACUCUACUAAAGCAUCUUAGCGGUUACUGUACACUAAUUUCAGAGUUAAAAUAAUAAUAUAAAAAUAGAAAACUUUCCCUUUUCUCACACACAGGAAAUCACUUUUUCUGUGUGAAAAUUCACUCACAUUGUAAUCCCCGAGCUGAAAUCUUCCCCAAUUUCCAUGGCAAUUGGUUUCAACAGUCAAAUCAUGUGAAAGCCUAGCUGCUACACUCAAGAGUUUGGUGUUUUUUUGUUGAGCUUGGCUUUAGUUGGAGCUCUCACUUUCAAAUCUGGUUUUCGAAUGGGGAACUGCUGCAGAUCUCCGGCGGCCGUAGCGCGAGAAGACGUCAAGUCCUCCAACUACUCCGGCCACGACCACGGCCGGAAGGAGAAGUCCUCCGGCAAUGUGAAUAAAGCAAUCACCGUCUUACCGGAUUUGAAGAAGGAGAAUAUCGAGGACCGGUACUUAAUCGACCGCGAGCUCGGCCGCGGCGAGUUCGGGGUCACCUACCUGUGCAUUGAUCGGGAGACGAAAGAGCUGCUGGCCUGCAAGUCCAUAUCCAAGCGGAAGCUGCGGACGGCGGUGGAUGUGGAGGACGUGCGGCGGGAGGUAACUAUAAUGAAGCACUUGCCCACUAAUUCGAGCAUCGUGAGUUUCAGGGAGGCCUGUGAGGACGAGAACGCGGUGCAUUUGGUGAUGGAGCUGUGUGAGGGUGGGGAGCUGUUCGAUAGGAUCGUGGCCAGGGGUCACUACACGGAGCGGGCGGCGGCGGGUGUGAUGAGGACGAUUGUGGAGGUGGUGCAGCUUUGCCACAAGCAAGGGGUGAUUCAUCGGGACUUGAAGCCGGAGAACUUUCUGUUUGCGAACAAGAAAGAGAAUUCGCCUCUCAAAGCAAUUGAUUUCGGCCUGUCCAUCUUCUUCAAGCCAGGUGAAAAGUUUUCUGAAAUUGUUGGAAGCCCUUAUUAUAUGGCUCCAGAGGUGCUCAGGCGCAAUUACGGGCCAGAAAUAGAUAUUUGGAGUGCUGGUGUGAUCCUCUACAUCUUGUUAUGUGGAGUUCCUCCGUUCUGGGCAGAAUCUGAACAAGGUGUUGCCCAGGCCAUCAUUCGUGGAAAAAUAGAUUUUGAGCGUGAACCAUGGCCUAGUGUAUCAGAGAGUGCCAAGAGCCUAGUAAGACAGAUGCUCGAGCCAGAUCCUAAGCUUCGACUGACUGCAAAGCAAGUUCUUGAACACUCUUGGCUUCAAAAUGCAAAGAAGGCCCCAAAUGUUCCUCUUGGGGAUGUUGUGAAGUCAAGAUUGAAGCAGUUCUCAGUGAUGAAUAGAUUCAAGAGGAAGGCUCUUAGGGUCAUUGCUGAUUUCUUGUCUAAUGAAGAAGUUGAAGGCAUCAGAGAAAUGUUUGCUAAGAUAGACACAGAUAAUGACGGCGUAGUCUCAACUGAAGAACUUAAGGCUGGUAUGCAGAAGUUCAAUUCACAAUUAGCGGAGUCUGAAGUACAAAUGCUCAUUGAAGCUGUGGAUACAAACGGUAAAGGAACACUGGACUAUGGUGAAUUCCUGGCCAUCACCUUACAUCUGCAGAAGAUGGCCAAUGAUGAACAUCUCCACAAGGCAUUUUCCAGUUUCGACAAAAACGGGGAUGGUUACAUUGAGCCCGACGAGCUCCGAGACACCUUGGCCGAAGACGGGGUUGAUGAUUGUGUAGGGGUGGCCAAUGAUAUUUUCCAGGAAGUUGACACUGACAAGGAUGGACGUAUUAGCUACGAUGAAUUUGUGGCCAUGAUGAAAACCGGGACUGACUGGAGAAAGGCUUCUCGGCACUACUCGAGAGGGAGAUUCAAUAGUUUGAGUAUAAAGUUGAUGAAGGAUGGUUCAAUUAACUUGGGUGAGCAAAAUACACAGUAGUUGUCUACUUGUCCUUUUUGUUUCACCUGUGUAUUGUUGAGCUUACAUAUUUUUCUCUUUAUUAUUUGCUGUUGGGAUUCGAAAUGAGUGGUGGAUUAUGAGGAUAAAGAGUGAAACACAAAGUACAUGUGAUUAGCCUCUUCAUGGUUUUGAUUCGAUCUAAAGCUCGGAUCCUCUGUAGCCGAACCCAGCAACCGAUGUGUAUGUGUUUGAUUCCUGUUCUUCUUUUACUUUUGUUAGCUUCAGUAUGUUUAUUGAUGACAAUGAAAUUAGAUAUUCGGUGUUGUAGUGUAUAUAUAUCUGUGCAGAAAACUUUGCCAUUGAAUGGAUAUUCAAAGCCUGUGCGGAUCAAGUUUUUCACUUCAUUUUUAUCUUGUGUGAGUGCACUUUGUGGAAUUAUUGCUGAGGAUGCAAAUAUUUGAUUUCUUUUUACUAAAGUUUUUUUGUUGGAAUUCUCUAACUCCAAACCCAGUAAAAU